CUGACAGCACCUAAUUUGGCCGGCAUUUCUUUUUAAAAAAAUAUCGUGUUUCUGUUAACUGAAGAUUCAUUUAGUUUUCCGCCAAAUUUAUAACAAAAACCAUAUGAAUUUCCUUUAUAAAUAAAAAUCAACUAAGUAAAUUGACGAUUAAGCGAUAGCCAUCAUGUCGUCGGCAGUAACUCUGGAGUGCAAAAAGCUUUGCAUGUUUCGGUGCCUUUACGCUGUCGGCCUUAGCAUUGCAAUGCAAUAUUUCCUACUCACCGUGUUCCUACUCCUAGUUAACUUCCACAUUUUGCAUCCCGUCAAUUGGAUAACCACAACGUUCGGCCUCAUCUUUUCGUUCUACACCUGGCUGUCGAUCAUGCCAUUGAUCAGUUCUGUGAUUGUUUUUGGCAUCCUGCUGGGAAAGUCUUUUCUAAGUGUGAAAAAAUACUAUGCCACAAGAUUCCGUUGGUUUAUAGGAACAGUGCUAAGGAAAUUUGCUUUCUUGGGAAUACAUUUGAUGGUGGGAUUCCUGACGGCCUGGUUGUAUGCUAGAUUUUUGCACGAAGACUACAGAACACUCUUGAUGCCUUACUUCGAUCGGAGUUUUGUGAAUAGUCGCUACACUUUACUCGUCUUCACCGGCGUCUCGGCGGGAUUCUACUUCUUCGCCAAGGAAAACUUGAAGCACGAAUCAGAAAUUGAGUUUCCCAUAAUCCAGGAAAACAAGUUAAUCAAAAUCCGAUCGAUUGUCUACUCAACUUUGUAUAACUCACUUUUGAAGUCACUGGGGCCAACUUUUGGAUUUGCCUUCCUCUAUUGGAUCGUUGGACCAUCACUGAAUAGAACCCUGGCUAACUUCUUCACCUGCGAAGUUGAUGAAACCUUUAACUCUUUGUUCAGCAUCUUGACCAACGUCCGAUUGCUGUUCUACUCGUGGAUUUUAUGUUCUCAGAUUCUCAGCAACAUGGAACUCAUGAGACAGUUCUUCUCGUUUCUGCUGGCCGAAGAAAUGCACUUUGUGAUAGAAAAGAAUCCCGUGGUUGCGGCAUCACGAACUGAAGUGACCCUUGUCGAAGCUCUUGCGUUGAGGGAAGUUCCAGUGGUUCAGCAAUUGGCUUGCUUGGAUCUGUACAACUUGGCUUCGGGUAAAGCGGCCAAUCGACGUCAAGAAGUCUUCGCUCUCUCUAUCCCCGGGGGACAUCCAUAUAACUGGAAUCAAAUAAGCGGACAGUGUUUGAGUCUUAUCAACGAAUUCACUGAGAAACUGGCUUCGUCAGUAAAGCGAAUCUCAACAAUGAAAAAUGCCCCACAAUUUGCUCAGCUUAAGCCCUCUGCCAGUGAGACUGCUGAGCGGAUCCUGCUCAGACAAUACAAUGAAACCUAUGGCAUUCGUAGAAUGAACCAAGAUCCAGUGGAGCCACCUCAGCCGCGGUGCGUUCCAGUGGAUCAGUCAACCAAUCCAUGUGAUAGAGUCACUGAGAUGCUGGAAAACUUCCAAAAGACUAUCGAAGAAGCCGCUACCACGGCACUCUAUGCUUUUCCAGGUGUGUUCUAUCUAUUCGGGGAACAGGAUGGAGCCAAAACCGCUUUCGUCCUCUCGAAUUCUCAGGCAAUCGUCUGGUUGACUGAAGGCUUGGCUGGUAUUUGCGCGAGUUCCUUGCACGAAGAUAAAUAUGGAGUUGUUCAGAAUGAACUUUCGAAAAUUAUCAAGUCGCUUCUGAAACUCAAAUUGGAACUGGACAAGUUGAACAAUGUUAAUUUGAAUGGGAAAAAAUUGGAUCGAAAUCUGAUAACGUUAAAAAAUGCCAUCAAGAGAAGUUUGUAUCGCAUUUGUACGGUCUUUGGAGAUUAUAUGAAGGAUUUAGUGGACGAACAGGAGGACUUAAGACACUUGCAUUGUUUCCUCAGUUAUCAAGAGACUUAGAGAGUUUGGGGAUGAUGGGAAUAUUGAAAACUUCAGGGAGUUUUUUUGUUUGUUAUUUUAAGGACAUUCAUUUUUGUGACUUUUUACUAAUAUACAUAAUUAUAAUUUAUUAUU